AUGGAUAUCACGCAGACUGUCCAGUGGAGCAGAGAGGAGAAUGUUUGCUCCUCACGUGCAAUUGUGUUGAGCAAUGUUCCUUUGGACACUAGUGAUGACAGUAUUGAGAAAGUGUUGAACACAGUGAAGGUUUUUGGUCGUACUAAAAUCCGUGGUCGCCGUGGUGACGUAACUGGCAACCAGCUGUUUGUUUUAGUGGAGACUAGUACUGACCUUGAUCCAAGUACCUUACCCCCUGAAAUAGGCAUUGAGCAGGAAGCUGGGCCCUGGCGUGUACACUUUGUGGGUAGUCUAUCAGCUGAUGAUCCUACUGCUGGAAAUGACACCUUUCAGAUUAAGUUGUUAGCCUUAUUGCAGCAGGAAGGUAAGUCUAUGGAUGAAGUGAAGGCCAUAGUAAUGGGAGACCAGUCUCCUAAAUCUGACAUCAGUGUGGAUCUAGUGAAUGCCAUAGGUAAAUUAGUAGACAGAUGUAAUCAAGCAUCUAGUGAUGGACCUAGUUACAGGAAAUUGAGGUUGUUCUCAGGCCUGAAACCCGUUCCUCCAGGCGAGGAAGAUUACAAAGUCUGGAUGGAGCAGGCUGCACAAAUGAUCAGUGAAUGGCAGUGCACAGAGGCCGCCAAGAAACAACGCAUUGUUGAGAGUUUGAGAGGUCCUGCUGCUGAUAUUGUCAGGUUUCUAAAAGUGAGUAGCCCAUCUGCAACUGCAAAUGAGUACUUAACUGCCCUUGAGACUGCGUAUGGAACGACUGAGAGUGGGCCUGACCUUAUGGCCAGAUUUUGUCACACCUACCAGGAAAGUGGAGAGAAACUUUCAGCUUUCCUGUACCGCCUAGACAAACUUCUCCACAGAGCCUUGUUGAAGGGUGGGAUUGAUGCAGCUGGCAUAAAUAGAGCCAGAAUGGAGCAGUUAAUUAAGGGAGCACUUACCAAUGAUAUGGUUGCUUUGCGAAUCAGAAUGACUCAUACUUUGCAGAGUCUUCCAUCCUUUUCACAGUUGAUGAAGGAAAUACGUGAGGAAGAACACUGGGUAGCUGCAAGGGAAAAUGUUAAAGCUUCGGUUGCCACUGUCGUCUCUCCCCAGGCAUCUGUGCCAUCUGAAUUACAAAACCUGAAGAAGGAGAUUAAAGAGCUAUCUACCCAGGUGAGUCAGCUGUUGAAUGUGCCUACUGUGACUUGUGCUUCUGAUUUUGCUCCCCAGAAAACACCCAGUAAACACACUGAGAGUGUGAACAGAGACAAUUCUCAAAGACCUAAACCCACCCAGCCACCAGUGCCCGGGAUCUUUUGCUACAAAUGUGGUGAAGAUGGACAUAAGAAAUGGGAGUGCAAAGCACCCGAGGACCUCAGGAAAGUGAACCAGAAGCUGAUAAAGAUGCAUCGCCUGCAGGGAAACUGGGCAGGAGUUCAGUGA